AUGUAUUUUCUAGCCUCCAGUGCUUCACAAUUCAUGACUUUCAAUUUUGUUCUUCUCACAAGAAUACUUCUCAAUGGUUUCAAUAUUACAGCAAUUAAUCUUUUUCUUUGGUUUUGCAAAAUCCGCAAUUAUUUUUUCUAUCUUUUUGUUGCUGUUCCACGUUAUUAUAUUAUUUUGGCAUCGAUAGAUCGUUAUUUUGCUAGUUGUUCUAAUAUUUAUUGGCGUCGAUGGAGUUCAUCAAAAGUUGCUAUGCGAUUAAUUAUUGGUAGUUUUAUAUUUUGGUCUUUGAUGUACAGUCAGAUUCUUGUCUUCUAUGAAAUUCAAGAUGGUAUCUGCUCAUAUAGGCAUGGUGCUUAUGGGAUUUUCUUCAGUAUCUAUCUAUCAAUUGAAAGUGGAACAUUACCACCAUUGGUGAUGCUUAUUUUUGGAUGUCUCACAUUAAAAAAUAUUCGACAAAGCAAACGAAGAACAAGACCAAUAGCAGAACUUAAUGGUAUUCGACCUGCAGAAUUUAUUGGAAUGUCAGGAAAAGAUUUACAAUAUUCUAAAAUGUUAUUUAGUCAAAUAUUGCUUUGGACUAUUUUGAGCAUUAUUAAUCCUAGUGACCUUCUUUAUCAAACAAUAACAAUAAAUGAAACGAAAUCAUCUUUCCGUACAACAGUUGAAGUAUUUAUCAAUAAUAUGAGUUAUAUGUUUAUUCAUCUGGAAUUCUCUUUAACAUUUUUUCUUUAUACUUUCUCAUCAUCAUUUUUCAGACGUCAACUUAAGCAAUUAAUUCAAAAGAAAAUAUUACAUCGUUUAGUAUCAAAUGCAAUUGUGAGCCAUAACAUAUGA